UGCAUUUGUGCUCGGACGUCACUUCCGCCACCCUCUCUCGCUUCCAUCUUGCUCUCCGCGUGUGUUUCGCUGCUAGCGUGCAGGUCAGUGAGGAGCCCUAAAAUACUAUCUUUCCUGCACAGGCACUUCCAGCUCCGAGACACGAGAUGAAAGAAACGAUAAUGAAUCAGGAGAAACUCGCCAAACUGCAGGCACAAGUCCGCAUCGGCGGAAAGGGAACAGCCCGCAGAAAGAAGAAGGUUGUCCACAGAACAGCCACCGCCGAUGACAAGAAACUCCAGUUCUCUCUCAAGAAAUUGGGAGUUAACAACAUCUCUGGCAUUGAAGAGGUAAACAUGUUCACAAGCCAGGGGACAGUAAUCCACUUCAACAACCCCAAAGUGCAGGCCUCCCUGGCAGCAAACACCUUCACCAUCACCGGCCACGCUGAGACCAAGCAGCUGACAGAGAUGCUUCCCAGCAUCCUCAACCAGCUUGGAGCCGACAGCUUAACCAGCCUGAGGAAACUCGCCGAGAACCUGCCCAAACAAGCUGGGGAUGGUAAGGCACCAAUCGCCGGAGGAGAGGAAGAUGAUGACGACGUUCCAGAUCUCGUGGAGAAUUUCGACGAGGCGUCGAAGGACGAGGCUAACUAGAGGAGAAUAGUCAGACACGCCACACAGAACCUCUACUCUCGACAAGCCGAAAUGGGACGAUGUUAUUGUUUUUUUUUUCCUUCCUUUUUUUUUUAAUUCCCCCCCUCCCAAAAAACGCCUACCCACUCCACCCCAUCCUUCCUGAAACUCUGCUUGGUAUUCUCGUGCACUGCUGUCCUCGGUGGCCUGUCUGAUGGGUGGAGGUGUGUGUGUGUGUGCGUGCACGUGCGUCCGCGCGCUCUAGUCCGGUGUCGGAGCUGGAGUGUGCGUUUGGCGAAUGUGGAGAGUUGGGAGCUGAUUGUGGCUGUUGUCUCCCGUGUUACUGAGGCCAACUCCUUUGCAGCCAUUGCUGAAAUAAAACAUGCAUACCUGGAAUAAAUGUUUGCUAUCAAAACACCUCUUAAA